CACGGCGAAAAGAAAACACAAACUCUGUUCACCGGUUGUUCGACCUUACUCAUACCGUGCCGUAGUAAUGUUGCAGCUGUUGUUCGUCGUGGUGAAAUCGGAAUUACUCGGGCUGAUCAAUCAAUGACGCAGUCCCGGUUGCCCGUAUCGUUCCGCACUCAAGUCCAAGUCUCCACGCCUGGACGGCUCCCCCCGAUCGGGCGUCAGUUACCAAAUAUAAGUACUGCAGACUGUUUGACUGAUUUAUAGGCCACCGUCGCGAAAGGCAACAAGAGCAAGCUUUAAAACCUCACACUAAUACAACAAUGAAGAUCCUCACCCAGGAAGAAAUCGACGGCCACACCAACGCUACCAUCCGUGGUGCAACAGAAGGCGCACUUCUAAGCGCAGCCGUCGCUAUCCCCGGUUCACUACUGCUUAACCGUCGAUGGGCAUCCUACCGGGCACUCCCUCUACCUUUAAAGGUUAUGGGUACCGUCAUGGUGAUCGCGCCUUGCAUAUCCAUUCAGGGUGAAAGACGUGGUCUAGAAUUCGAUCGUGCACACUGGACUGGCGCAGGUAAAAUGGAACUGGAUAGAGAAGCAGCAGUGGAAGAAGCACGAUGGGAGGCUCUGACAAUGAAAGAAAAAAUCGGUGACUGGGCAACACGACACCAGUAUAGCAUCAUUCUUGGAAGCUGGGUUCUAUCAGUGGCAGUUGCUGGCACCAUUAUCUCUAGAGAUAGACAUCAGACGUUACCCCAAAAGAUCGUUCAAGUGCGUAUGUGGGCACAGGGCUUGACUAUUGGCGUCUUGAUUGGCGCUGGUAUCCUUACGCAUAAUCAGCGCCAGGCCGCCCUUCAGCGCCGGCCGGUUGACCACUCGUGGCAAGCCUUGCUUGUAGAGCAAGCAAGAGAGAAGGAGGAGCAAACAAAGGCGCAUCUAAACGCUCCAACUGCCUCCUACCCUCUAUAGAGUGCUCGCACUUGUUACC